AUGACGCUCGUCAGCCACGACAAGAAAUGGUGGAAGGAGGCCGUCAUCUACCAAAUUUACCCUGCCUCGUUUUGCGACUCCAACGGCGAUGGCAUCGGCGACCUGCCCGGCAUCACGUCCAAGCUCGACUACCUGGCCAGCUUGGGCGUCAAUGCCAUUUGGGUCUGUCCCAUGUACGACAGCCCCCAGGUCGACAUGGGCUAUGACAUCUCCAACUACGAAGACGUCUAUCCGCCGUACGGCACUGUCCAGGACAUGGAGACGCUCAUCCGCGAGACGCACGCCCGAGGUAUGCGCGUCAUGCUCGACCUCGUCAUCAACCACACCUCGGACCAACACGCCUGGUUCAAGGAGGCGAGGUCCGCCAAGGACAACCCCAAGCGCGAUUGGUACAUCUGGAGGCCGGCAAGGCACUCUCCAACAGGCGAGCGCUUGCCCCCCAACAACUGGCGCUGCAACUUUGGCGGCGGCAGCGCCUGGGAGUGGGACGAGCGGACGGGAGAGUACUACCUGCAUCUCUUUGCCACGGAGCAGCCGGACCUCAACUGGGAGAAUCCCGCGACCCGCAAGGCCAUCUUUGCUUCUGCCAUGGAGUUCUGGCUCGACCGCGGCGUCGACGGCUUCCGUGUCGACACGGUCAACAUGUACAGCAAGCCCCCCGGCCUGCCCGACGCCCCCGUCAUCGAUCCGCAGGCCCCCUUCCAGCCCGCCGGCUUGCUGUACUGUAACGGACCGCGCAUGCACGAAUUUCUGGGGGAGAUGAACGCCAUUCUCUCUCGGUACGGUGCCAUCACGGUCGGCGAGCUUCCCCACACUCCAGACAUGAAUCGCGUGCUCGACUACGUGAGCGCAAAGGCCAAGCAACUGGACAUGGUCUUCCAGUUUGACGUGGUAGACGUCGGGUUCGGCGCGACUCACAAGUAUGAGACGACGCCCAAGAAUUUUGCCCUCGCCGACUUCAAAGCGGCCAUCGAUCGAACCCAAGGCUUGAUUCGCGGCACCGAUGGCUGGACCACCGUUUUCCUCGAAAACCACGACCAGGCCCGGUCCGUGUCUCGGUUCGCGGAUGAUGGCCCCGAGUAUCGCGUCCGCAGCGCCAAGCUGCUGGCUCUGCUGGAAGUCUGCUUAAGCGGCACGCAAUACGUCUACCAGGGCCAGGAGAUUGGAUGCGUCAACACCCCCAAGGACACGUACCCGCUUGAGAAUUACCUAGACAUUGACAGCUGCCUCUUCCUCAAGAUGGUCAAGGAGCGCCACGGGGCCGACAACACGGCCGAGCUUGACAAGGCGUUUGAUGCCUUGCAGCACCUGGCCAGGGACCACGCUCGAGUGCCCAUGCCCUGGAACGGCAAGGCAAGGUUCGGUGGCUUCUCUGAGGCCGCCGAGAGGGCAGGCAAGGAAAUCAAGGAACCGUGGAUGAAGCACCACCCUCUGGCGGGCGAGAUCAAUGCUGCCUCGCAGCUUGACGACCCCGAAAGCGUUCUAGCCUUUUGGCGCAAGAUGAUAGGAUUUCGCCGGGAGCACGUGGAUCUGUUCGUGUACGGCAACUUUAGGGAUCUGCGGCCGCAGGACGAGCACCUUUUCGUCUUCGUCAAGGAACCCCAGCACGAGGGCGGUGACAAGGCGCUGGUUGUCCUCAACUUUACCGCUCAGGAGAGACAGUGGCAGGUGCCCGGCGGGGCAGAGCUUGGGGUGUCGGACGCGACGGAGAAGCUCGAGGCAAUCAUGUCGACGCAUGCGGGCAAGGCCAAGGCCGGAGUCCUUGCGCCCUUUGAGGGCCAGGUAUAUCUGGUCCGCUCCUGA